CACACAUGAACAUAAAAAUUUACGAUUCUUGAAUUUCUUACGAUCCUUUUAAACAUGUUGAUAUAUUCUUCUUCUGAAGCAGAAGACUCCAACGAUCAUAAUGUUCCAACUACCAAAUUGUUUGGUCGUGAAAGAUCUGUACAUUCCUUACUUGGUGGAGGACAUGUUGCAAACUUACUUUUAUGGAGAAACAAAAGCUUGUCAGCAGCAAUUCUGCUAGGAAUUACGAUGAUCUGGUUUCUCUUUGAAGUUGUUGAGUACAACUUUGUUUCUUUAAUCUGUCACAUCUCGAUCCUUGUCAUGUUGAUCGUCUUUCUCACAUACACAGCAGCAAAAUUCGCGAAUUGGGAUCUUCCUGAUAUACAUGAGAUAACGAUACAAGAAUCUGUAUUCAGAUGGUUGUAUAGGAAAGUAAAUUGGGUGUUACUCCGAUUCUAUGAGAUCUCAAGCGGGGAAAAUUUCAUUGAGUUUUUCUUGGUGAUCGGAUCUUUAUGGAUGAUUUCAGUUCUUGGCAGUUAUUUCAGUUCUUUGAAUCUCUUGUUCUUCUGUUUUAUUUGUCUUGGAACUUUACCGGUAUUGUAUGAACAAUAUGAGCGAGAAGUUGAUCGCCUCAUACGCAAAGGGAGCAAAGAUGCAAAAAAGGUGUUGAAGAAAUUUGAUUCCAAAGUGCUAAACAAGAUCCCAAGAGGACCAGUUAAGGACAAGAAGCGCAAAUAAAUGUUAAAUACUUUUAUCUUCAAAUUCAAAAGACAUGUAUGUAGUAGUAAUGUUGUAUACUUGUAUAUAUCUCGAGAAAGCUUAUAUAUACCAUAAAAAUUAACUUGUUGGAAU